AUGUCUGUGCAACCCUUGAAUGACCUCUGGGAAGCUGCUGCAGGUCAGCCGUAUGAGCCCAGCAUUGGCAAGAACUCGCACUUCGUUGUUGGCAUCACUUUGCUGUUUACUGCUCUUAUUCUGUCUGGCUACUUCGGCCUGAACCCCUCGCUCAAGAACCUUCCUCUGAUCGGCCUUCCUGCUUCGCUCGCUGCUGGUUUCGGAGCUGUCUAUAUGAUCUGCGCUGUUGGCGUCUACGUUUGA